AUGCAAAGUAAAUACGCGCCACAAGGAAUGGUGGUGGCGCCUCACCACCUUGCUACUCAAAGUGCUAUUGAUAUCCUAAGAGAAGGAGGCACAGCCAUAGAGGCAAUGGUCGCAGCAGCGGCGACUAUAUCAGUUGUCUACCCUCAUAUGAACAGCAUUGGAGGUGACUCGUUUUGGCUAAUAGUACCGCCUCAUGGUGAUCCCAUAGCCAUUGAGGCUUCCGGCACACCAGGAAGCUUAGCUACUGAAGAUUUCUUCAAAGGCUACGACAAGAUUCCGUAUCUCGGGCCUAAGGCAGCUAUAACCGUUGCAGGUGCUGUCGGAGGUUGGCAGGAAGCCCUAAAUUAUGUUACCGAAAAUGGAUACCAAAGAAUUUCAGUAUCUCGAUUAUUAGCUGAUGCUAUAAGGUAUGCUGAAGAAGGAGUCUCAGUAACACAAAGUUACAUCAGUAAUUUAGAAAAGUUUAAAGAUUUGAAUGUAUCUAGUGAGUUUCGGAGAAUUUAUCUAUUCGAUGGUAACAAUCCUAAGGUGGGUGAUAUUUUGUAUCAAAAGGAGUUAAGUACUACCUUAAGGCGUCUAGCCGAGAAUGGAUUAAAUAGUUUCUAUAAAGGGGAACUAGCAAGAACAAUAGCAGAAGACAUGGCCACUGUCGGUAUGCCGAUUACGGAAUCUGACUUACAAAACUUUACGGCAAUUCGAAAAACUCCCUUGCGACUUUUACUAAAACAAGGAGAAGUUUUCAACCUUCCACCACCUACCCAAGGUUUGGUUUCAUUAAAUAUCCUUGGAGUGUUAGAAAAACUUAAUAUAGAUGGAAAAAAUGAGGGCGAACUUGUGCACGCCACAGUCGAAGCCACAAAGCAAGCUUUUGAAAUGAGAAACGAUUACAUAACUGAUCCAAAAUAUAUGAAAAUCGAUCCCAAUUCAUUACUGACUAGUCAGCACUUGUCCAAAGUUGCCAGUAAAAUAAGUUUGGAUAGAGCCGCUUCUGUAGGACAGGGGAAGGGCCCAGGGGACACGAUUUGGAUGGGGGCUAUGGAUAGCAAAGGCUUUUCGGUGUCUUUCAUUCAAAGUGUAUACCACGAGUUUGGAAGUACAGUCGUGUUGCCCAAAACUGGUAUACUAUGGCAAAAUAGAGGAGUUUCUUUCACUUUAGAAAAAGAUAAAUUAUUGACUCUACAGCCUGGAAAAAAACCUUUUCAUACGCUAAACUUGGCUACAGCAAGGCUAAAUGAUGGUAGAGUAAUGAUAUUUGGGACUAGAGGAGGUGAUGGACAGCCUCAAACCCAAUCAGCUAUCUUUUACAGACACGUGGUUCAGGGUUUGAACUUACAAGCCGCAGUAUCGGCACCGAGAUGGCUUUAUGGCCGCAUUGCAGGGGAUGCUGAAGACACCCUGAAAAUCGAAAGCAGAUUUAGUGAAGAAACCGUGAACUAUUUAAAGGAAAGAGGUCACGAUGUAGAGAUUUUGCCAGAGUUUUCUGAGAAGGUAGGUCACGCUGGUGCAUUAGUGAGACACCCGAACGGUGUGAUGGAAGGCGCAUUCGAUCCUCGGUGUGACGGCAGUGCAUCGGGAUUUUAA